GUUCAACAAAUCUGCAGUGUGCUGAAUAAAGUUAGCCAACUACAUUUUAUAUAUGUAUGUAUAUGUUGAUGAAGAAAGUUACGGCAAAUGUUACUCAAAACAUAUACAUAUUGUAUAUUACGAUGUUAGUUAUGAUGAACUAUAUGAUUUAUUAGAAUGCUCUUCUUCCUCCUGCUGAAUCUAGUGUUGAUUGUGUUGUGUCUCCAGUCCAGCAGGAGUCGGUAUGAAGCUCUUUAGUCCGCCGGUAAACUCACUAAACAAAGAAAGAAGAACUCCCAGUUUGUUUAGAUGUUCAGCUGCUGCGUCUUUCAUACAUUUAUGUCACUUAUCUGUUUCUAUUCUUGAUGAUUUCCUCUCUUUCAUGACAGCAAACCAAACGUUUUCUCUUUGUUUUGACAAGAGCUUUAAAUAUCCUGUUUCAGGAGUCUUAUUGAGUUUUUGUGUUGAGAUGUUGAAGAUGAGUUUGCAGGUGGAUUUGAUGUGCUGUAAAUCAGUAGGAACUGAUCUGUCCAUGCUGGAUAUUGAUGAUUUGAUGACAGAAAUCUCUCAGCUGAAGAAAGAGGUGGCGUUACUGGAGGCAAAGCUGAGGGAAAGAGGAGAUCCACUGAACGGAGAGGAGCUGGAGAAGGUUUCCUGUCAAUCUUCAGUGUGUGUGACUGAUGGGACCUCCACAGAAUGUCAGGAUUCAGUGUGGAGCGUCAGAGAUCAGAGAUCUGAACAGAGAUCCAGAGACACACAGGACUCAGAGCUCAGCCUCACUUUACUCUGUUAUACUGACACUCAGGAGAGUGUGUGUGACAGUAAUCAGGGUGAUCAAACCUCCACAGAGUCUCUGGCUUCUGUCUGUAACGCUGGAGAACAGCAGAUGCUGCAGAUACCAUUGAAGAUGUGUUCAGUGAAGCUGCUGGACUGCAGGAACCUGAUGGAGAUGAGAGGAGAAACCACAGCAGAGGAACAACAUGAUGAUCACGAUGAAGAUGAUGAUGAUGAUAUUCAACAUGAUGAUCACGAUGAAGAUGAUGAUGAUGAUAUUCAACAUGAUGAUCACGAUGAAGAUGAUGAUGAGGAGGAUGUUAUUCAACAUGACAAUCAGGAUGAUGAGGAUGAAGAUUUUAUUCCAUCAGAUAGAAACAGUGGUUCAUGUUCAGAUGGAGAAACGACUUCUACAUCAAAAGAGUGUCUGUCAGCACAGAGUCUUUCCUGCAUCACCUGUGAGAAGAAAUUCAGCUCAAAGGGACAUUUAGCGAGACAUGAGAGAAAACACACAGAACAGAAAUUCUACAAAUGUAAGACAUAUCGGAGCAGCUUUUCUACCUCAAAAGAGAAGAAACUUCAUUCAGAAGUGCACAGAGUAAAGAAGCAGUUCCACUGUGAGCAGUGCGGGAAGGUUUUCUUUACUACUCGUUCUAAUAUGAAUGCUCACAUAAAGACACACAGUGAUAAAAAGGAGUUCCACUGCAAAGAGUGUGACAAGUUUUUCAGAACUAAAGGAAAUCUUGUUAUUCAUAAGAGAAUACAUACGGGAGAGAAACCGUACAAGUGUCCUCACUGUGAGAAGAGAUUCAACCACAAGCCCCAUCUGACGAAACAUGUCCGUGUGCACACCAAUGAGAGGCCGUAUCAGUGCAGUGAAUGUGGGAAAACGUUUACACAGCUAGAUUAUCUAAAGUCACAUCAGAAAAUACAUUCUGAGGAGAAACGCCAUCAAUGCUCACACUGUGAUAAACGUUUCCAUCAAAAAUCUCAGCUAAUAAUCCAUGAGAGAAUGCACACUGGAGAGAAACCUUACCUCUGCUCUCACUGUGGAAAGAGAUUUUCUGGUCCAGGUCAUCUCCAGUUUCAUCUGAGAGUGCACACGGGAGAAAAGCCUUAUCACUGUAGCAUUUGUGGGAUGAGAUUCAGUAAACAAAAUACCUUUGCAAAGCACAAGAGAAUUCAUACUGGAGAAAGACCUUACAAAUGCCCUCAGUGUGACAAAACAUUUGCUCGACCAGAUGUCCUGAAAACCCAUCAGAGAGUGCAUACAGGAGAGAAACCUUACAGCUGCUCUAUCUGUGGGGAGAGAUUCACUUAUUUAGGAAGUUUUCAGACUCACAAGAAGAAACAUGCUAAAGAACAAGAAUCAUCAUUGUGUGGUUCAUAAUUAGCAAUCAGUUAAAAAAGGGUAUUGAGUAGACAUGUCAUAAAUUAUCGAUAUAUUGAUUAUUGAUCGGCAAGUUAUUUUACUGAUACUGUUAGGUCCUGCCCCAGUCUAGGGUUAGGGAAGAGUAACAAAACAGGUUGGGGUUCCCUUCUCCCAGCACUCAAAAAUCAACAGUCAACUUUAGAAAAUCAAAUGAUAUUUUUAUUAAUCUAAGAAAGUGGAAGUCUCAAAUGCUUCAGGAGUCCACCCUCAGUCCACAAAAGAAGCAAGUUACUUACAGUUCAGCAACCUGCAACUACACCUACAACUAUUAGCACUACAACAACAUGCAGCAACACAUGCACACCAACAGCUGUCUGGAACGAGGAAAGGGAAGAUCCUUGCAGUAGAGAUCUGCCUGCGCUUUAUACUGCUGCCCUCACCCCACCAACGAAUCCCGACAGAGGAGUGAUUGGCAAUCAUUCUUGAAGAUGCCUGGAUGUUGAGCAGCCUGCAUGGAAGAGAGAGAAAAAGAGAGAGACAACAAAAAACAAAUCAGGAAAAAUUUCCAGUUGCAGUAAGGCCAAAGCCAUACAUCCAUGGAUGUAAUAAAACAAACAAUGAGGACAGAAACUAAAAAUAAAUUAAUACAUCCAGGGACAUAAAACAAGACCUGCUUAAUUUUAAGCAGCCUCCUUUGGCGUUGUAGCAUGAGCAUGUGUUGCUUGCACAACUGGAGCUUUUGGGCCGCAAAGUAAAUUGGGCGAAAAGUGUGUUGAUGCCAGUCGGCAAGUCUCUUUCUUGGAAUAAUACUUGACACAGUGGCCAUGACUGUGCAUCUGACCGACACACUCAAUCUAUACUCUGGUGCUUGACGAGUUCAAGCGGGGGGUAGCCCUACUGCUGUGACAGUUUCAGCUGGUUUGGGAUUCAGGGUUCCCACGGUCAUGGAAAACCUGGAAAUAUCAGGGAAUUCUAAAAUUGUCAUUUCCAGGCCUGGAAAAGUCAUGGAAAUUAUAAAAAUCUUCAAAGUCAUGGAAAAAUCAUGGAAUGUUUUAUAGUCAAUAUAUUUAAAAAAUGUUAUGCUCUAUCCUAAAAUAUUAUAUUUUCCUCCAUCGUGCAGGUGUUACGUUGCACUGGAUUAAAAUUGCACGGUGAAGAGUUUAAAAUAUACUCUUAAAAAUGUUAUUUAGAAUACCUGACCCCAAGGCUCAACAAUAAGGACUGCCUGAUGGCCCGCACAUUCCACAGUUCACAAUCACCGUGCACGAAAUUCCCAAUAUUUUUGUUUUAACAUGUUGUUGAAAAUUACCAAUCCACACAUUGGAACACAUGAAAUCAACAGUUCAUUUCUAUACCUUUUCGAACAUACGCGUAGGUUCAUGGUCGUAUAAGCAUGGACAUCACUACAGUUGUGGCCUCUGAGAGCACGCACUGUCGCCUCUGGUACUCCAUGACUCAGGCUUCGCUGGGCUUGGAUGUCCUAGCUCACAAAUUGCCAGCAACACCCAAGUAUGUGUUCCCUCUCUUUCAUGUGUUGUGCAAAGUCUGGGAAGACUGGUCCAACCAUACUUGUUUUGCGGAGCUGGUAGCGCUCUUAUUCGACCAGAAGCAUGGCUUCCUCCUGGGCUUGGGUGGGAGGGUGUGUCCUUGUAGGACAUCUGUCUGGCUGCAGGCUGGGCUUCCCCAAAUAUCUUUGCCAGGUUUUAUAACUUGAAUGUUUCUUCUCUCUCUUCUCAAGUCCUUGCUGCGAAGGGGAGUUAAUUUUUCUAUGUUUUUCUCUAUUUCUCUAAGCGCUAUCUGCCAGUAGAUUGGAGUGAUUUUAAUGGUCUCGUUCCCUCCUUUCAGGGAACCAAAUUUACAGUCAUAAGACAUUUUCCUAAAUGGCAAGUUUAUACAGACAGUUAAAUAUUUGUUACUGUGUUGAUGAUUACAGAAUACACAAUAGGCCUAUAUUGCAUAUUUUUUUUGACCCUGAUAUUUGUUUACACAUUAAAUGAAAUGCGUAUAAAUAUUUAGAGGUAAUCGUAGUCAUACUGUCACUGAGAAGAAUUCCAUAUUAAUUAUUAGUGGGUUUUCACUGUAACAAAAUGCUGUAAUCAUAAUUUUUUUAUAUAAGGCAUUAGUGAUCUUGGGCCACAAUAUACAGAAAAGGUUUCCUUAAUGAAACACAAUAAUCUUAGCUAAUGCACAGCAGACCAGUUACAUAAUUUAUUCAUACUUUUGGGGUAAUUUCAUAACUUGAUAUUCAGCAAAGUAAAUGCAAAGUCACAGAUCCAUAUUGUCAUUACAAAUAAAAUACCAACCCACAAUGUCCUCAUUAUGGCCUCCUAAUGUUCCAGGUAACCAAGAAAGGUCACGUUACGUAAUAUAUUCAGUGUUUUGGUACUUUGAAAUAACUUUGUCUUUACAGCAUGUUCUCCUAAUGUACUCUGAUGACAAGAAUUGUUUUUUAAAACUUGGUAAGAGUACAUCUCCCUUGAGAUAGAAAGAUUUGCGUUGAAAUUGUGUUAUCCUUUACGAAAGAAUUUGAGAUGUCUCUAGAAAGUUGAAUUGCACCUCCAUUUAUUAUUCACUUUAUUUUGCGAAAAUGAUUUUGAUCUUUAGAGUGGGCAAGUGGUUUUCUCUUCAUCUGACCGGGAGGGGACUGUCAGAAGUUUCUGCUGGGGUACAAGGAAAAUUUAGGGGGCAAUACCCUCGCCUUAGACCUGGCCAUGUUACUGUAUAGAUAGUUUGUAAUAUUAUUUUAUUACUGUAUCAAUAAAGAUUUUAUUAUUGGUUCCUUUUAGAU